AUCGCACCAGAAUUGAAAUCGUAACGCAGAAAUUACUUGAGAGAGAAGAAAACUUGAAUCCAUAAUUUGAUUGAUCGGAGGAAGGACGAAUCACAUCGGCCAUUGUGCACGAUGUUCAAUUUCUCCGUUCAUCGAUCUACGGCGAUGUCAAUGUUAGGAAAUAUCGGUUCGUGUUCGCAUCGUUGGAAGCAGAUCGAGAAAUUGAUCGGUCAUGGUAUUCUUAGUUGACAAUAACCUUUUUUUCUAGUUUCAAUCGUCUUCCUUCUUCUUCUUCUUCUUCUUUCUGUCUCGUUGUUUGUGCGUUCUUCGAUCGUUUGUUGCCUGCGUGUUUGAGAUACUGUUCUCGAGAAAGCAAGGUGUUGAUUCUUGACUAGUUUUUCGAUCGGUUGGUUUGAGAUUUGCGUUCAAUUGGAGUUUUAUUUGGAUCUCUGUGGAGUGGAGAUCGGUUUUGAAUUCGAUCAGAUCUUGUUGCAUCUACGUCUUCUUGGUUGAUCCAAGCGUGUUUUGUGAACUCAUACAUAACAAGAAAGUCUGUAGGCUUUUAAUUCCAUUGGAAUAACCUGAUUAUUCGAAAUACAUCAAGUGAAACCAUAGUAUCUUAUUUCGUAAGGGUUCUUAAACAAUUAUAUUGAUUCAAGCGUGUUUUGUGAACUCAUACAUAACAAGAAAGGUGGUGGAAGUAGUCUUUGGGGUGUCAAGUAAUGGACGUAUUAGCUCGUUGUGUUGAACCACCAGUACAAGGAGAUUUGCGAAAGUCGUGGAGUAAGUCUAAGUCUAGACAUGGCGGGAAAACUCUAGAUAAUUUUGUGGUGGAUUUAGGAAGUGCACUUGAAGAUGCUCUAGUAUUGUUUUCAACUUCAGAACAAACUGAACAACAAGAAGAGUCUUUAGAAUCAAGGGAAGGCGAAAAGAUAUCUCCAAAUACUGCAUCUGUUGAUGUUGAUGAUAAUAUUGAUGAUGAUCAAAGUCCUUUAGAUUCUACCUAUUCAUCAUCCUGGACUUUUCAUGGUAGUAGUAAGAAACUGAUAUCAGCCAUGAAAGGUAGCAGGAGGAAACGAGGUAGAAUAGUUGGGAAGCGUAGGGUUUCAUGGGCACCCGAUGUGUAUGAUCCGCCGGUUACAUCACAAUCACACUCGGUUGGGAGCAGCAGCAGCCAUAACCAACAUUCAUCUUCAAGGCACAAAAAGAACAACAACAACAAGAACAAGGCUAAACCUCAGAAGAACAGUAGGAAAUCAAAGAGAUGAUGAUUUUGGGUAGUUCUGUUUGGUUUGGUUGUUGUUUCACACUCGUCGCAGGAUCUUUUUACUUGUUUGAAUAAUAAAGUUAGUGCUAGUUAUCGUUUUGGAUCAUAUGCUUCUUCUUCUUAUGUUUGUUGCUUUAGAGAUUCGAUAACUAACUGUUUGUUUGUACAGAGGUUGUCUUCAUGUUUUUUUAGGUGGUAUUUUUUCCUUUUGUUUGGUUGGAAUGAAAAUAGACCACUUUUACACAA